GGCACACAUCUGCGUUUGGGCUCUGAACCUACUGGCAGGGUCCUGGGCAUGGACACCCUGGGCACUGUCCUGAUCUGGCAGGUCGCUCCACCCACCUCCAGCACAUCCAGGCCUGCAACUCAGGCGGGAGCGCACCAGGGGGCGCUGCCUAGAAGUUUCUCUUGGGCCGUUUUCUAGCCAGCCACAGGGCUUCUAGUCUCAUUUCUCUGGCUUUUGAAAGGAGGCAGGAUCACUGCCCUCUGCCUGGCUGGAGGGUCAGCCUUGUGUGCCCCAGCCAAGAGUACCAGCUUGGGCACUACUGGACUCCGAGUGGGGUCCAUCAAACAUCUGAGGCCCCGAUGGUGCCUGAGCUGAGAACUCUGUCUCGGCAGCGAGAGGAUCUGGUAUCUGCCCACAGCCCACACCAGGAGCAGAGCAGCUACAACGCUGCACAGCUCAGAGCUAGGAGGGAUCCUGGUGGGUGGGGGGUAGCCAAAACAUAAAUGUGCUUUCAAGAAAGGCAGGCAACUCCUGUAGGGGAGCACCCCUUCUGGGAGCCUCAGGGCAGAGGCACAGGCUGAGCUGGCUAGGGCCAGGCCCUGGGUGUCUGGGCCCUCGCCUUGCUACGGAGUGCCCACCCUGAAGGUACUGUCCUGGGAGGUCCUGGGAGCAAGAUGGUCCCAGGGCUGGGCAUGUUCAGAGCCAUGUGGGCACUUGAGUUGCUUUCCUGGCUCCCACCUGGCUUGUGCCUCCCUGUGCCCUAUUCCUGCCUGCUCUGCACAUGGGCUUGGAGGGCAGCCCUGUCUCAAGGACUUUCUCCUCCGGCCUUUCAUACUCGCUAGAGAGCUUCGUGGAUUGUUCUGAUUUCGAAAUUUACUCCUGUCCAUUUCCUCAGGCUUCCCGCAUCCAGUCUGCUACGAGGCUGUUGUCUUGGGUGGUACCACCUGCCCCGGCAGCAGCAUUACGGCAAAGCCCAGAUCAACUUAGUCCCUCAAGUGGCCACUGCCCGGCCCUUGGGCUGGGUGCCUGCAGUCCUCACCAGGAUGCAAACCUGCUGAACUGGCCUGGCAAGGUGGCAGCGCCAGCCACCUGCCCAGGCACACCUGCCCUGAGUUCCUUUGGACUCAGUUUUCCAAACGCGUCCUAAAGCGGACCUCCCAGCCCAAGGCUCGUCUCAGAUCACAGCAAAAAGUCUGUGCCGGUCCCCAGGGCCCCACAGGGAGGCCACUGGUGUUAGCGGUUGGAGUUUCCUGCUGAGCCCACCGCCCUGGUGCCUGUGGGGCAUGUGAUGGCAGGAGGCUGGUGUGAUCUUCAGGGGGCUGAGCCACUUCCUCCUGCUGCCUCUGUGGUUUGCUUGGCAGGUGCAAGGGGAGGAGGGAAGAAGUCCCCUGGGUGGGGACGGCCUGGCGCAGGAGGACUGUGCUUUGGCAUCUCGGCCCGUGACAGGCUCCAGGAGGCGGCCAAGUGGGAGGGAGCCUGGGACACUGCCCACAGCUACUCUGAGCCACCUGCUCAAGAGGAAGGGCUCCUCGGAGGCCUGUGGCUUUGGCUCAGGCAGGUGUGUACCAGACCUUUCCUUGGGUGACCGGGCAGGGGAGCGGGGCCUUGGGGGGCAGGGCCCUGUUAGGGUGGAGGCUUAGUGGCCUGUGGGAUUGGACAGGCUGGGGGCCCACCUACCCUCCUGCCCCAGGCCCCAUCUAACCCACUGCAGUCCUUUUUCUGGAGCAGGAACUGAGGGGUGGGCCAAAGACUUCCCAAGGUUGCCAGGUCACUGCCCCCCUAGAGAUCAGGGUGUGGCCGCACCCCCUUCUCUGAGUGCCCUCUCCCCACAGUCAGCUUCUGCUGACAUCUGGGCACCCCAGAGGGGCUCUCCAGCCCCUGUCCCCCCUUCCUGCCCCAACCCAGGCUCCCUGUCUGGACUCCUUCAGGUCCCCUGUGGUCCAGGGGGUGGCUCAGGGUCCACUCCAGGCCCAGGGGUGAGGCUCCAGUGGCCUCAGACACCCCGGACCCUGCCCCCACCUGCCCUGCCUCACAGCAUCCACUGUGAGGUCAGCGCCUUCCGACAAGUUCUGUCCAGAGGUAUCCGGUGGGGCCGGGGGCUGGACAUGGCCCCACCUCCCCAGCCCUACUUCUGCCUGGUUGGCAGCCCCCUUGGCCUGAUCUGUCUGUCCCUCCUGCUCAUCCCUGCUGCAGCUGGAACCUACUGUGAGUGCAGCCUGGGCCUCAGCCGUGAGGCACUCAUUGCCCUGCUUGUGGUGCUGGCCGGCAUCAGCACCAGCUGCUUCUGUGCCCUGGUCAUCGUUGUGGUGGGCGUCAUGAGGGCCAAUGACUCAAGCACCCCUGGACAAGUGGACAGCAGGUUGGUGGGGCACUACGGGGUCCAGGAGGGCCACAUGGAUCUGCACACAGUGCACGUGGAGUCCCACCUCAUGGACCCUGACCUGGAGGCCUCUAUGAUGGCGUCCCUGGAGGACCAGGGCCUCAGGACCAUCCCUGUGGACGCUCUGGAGGAGCCGCCGCCACCCACACCGCCACCUCCACCCACACCGCCACCUCCACCCACACCGCCACCUCCACCCCCACCACCACCUGAGCAGGACUGAGGGCCCUGAGACUGCUCAGGGGGAAUUAAAGAGUAUUUAGUGGUUCUGCACUGUCCUCUCUGCAUCCUGGGCACGGGCUGAGGCUCUCUGGUCUUCAGUGGGGAGGUGCCAGGUCUUCCCUGGCCCCCGAGGGGGGCCACACUGCUCGUGUUCCCUGGCUUUCUGCCAUCGCCCUGAGCCCCAGUCCUGCACCUCAUGGUGCUAUGUCCCCUGGAGCUGCCAGGGACCCUGGGCCCUGCCCAGCCUAGUCCACCCCCACCCUGGGAAACCCAGCCCAGGUUGGGGCCAUACCUCCGGCUACUCCAGAAGGGAGCUGGGUGUGACAGGCACAACUGAGUAACGCCCCUGGCCCCACUCACACUGUCCCCAGAAGUUCCAGGAGUCUUUGGCAGGUGGACAGAACACUGACCUACCUCCUGUGGCUCCUCUGCCUCAGUGUACAUCCCCACCCUGGGCCCCUACUGUGUGUUCAGCUCCCACCGAUUAGGGGUUGCCAUGGGCAUGGGGCAUCCCUCCUGAGUGCUCAGUGUGCUUCUGGGGAGAAGCUGAAUGGAGGGCAAGGGGGCUGGGCCAGGCAGGGCCACUUGGGAGAGUGGGACCACUUUGCUUAGCCCCAGCAGGGCAAGACUGGGGCGAUGGGGUGAGAAGCAGGGCAUCCUGGGGACAUCUGAGAGUUGGGUGGGCAUGGGUGUGUUGGGUUCCAGCUCUCAGGGCUCAAUGGGUGCCUGGUGGUGGUCUUGUCAGUGCUGUUGCCUCCUAGAGCCUAGGAAGCCCAGAGCUCUGGGACAGGUGUUUGGCAGCGCAGGCAUUGGCUGUGUGCCCGGCCCCCGCCCCAGGCAGGAGCCAGUCCUGGGACAGGAACUGCCGACGCUCCAGCUGGAGAGUCCAUAUUUGGACAGGCGC